CUCCCGCGCUGUGGCGCCUUUAAAGCCUCUGGGCGCUCGCCCCGCCCCGGGUCCGCCCCGUCCGAGGCGGGAGCCGCUGAAAACCCCCCAGCCCGGGCCGGGCGCGCCACUCGGCCCGCCGCCCCUGCCAGGAGUGUACCGCACCGGCCCGCUAAAGCGCCCCACAGCCACCACUGCCCUUGGGAAUGGCCAACAGGGGACCUGCCUACGGCCUGAGCCGGGAGGUACAGCAAAAGAUCGAGAAACAGUACGAUGCGGACCUGGAGCAGAUCCUGAUCCAGUGGAUCACCAGCCAGUGCCGCAGGGAUGUGGGCCGGCCCCAGCCUGGGCGCGAGAACUUCCAGAACUGGCUUAAGGAUGGCACGGUGCUGUGUGAGCUCAUCAACGGGCUGUACCCCGAGGGACAGGCCCCAGUGAAGAAGAUCCAGGCCUCCACUAUGGCCUUCAAGCAGAUGGAGCAGAUCUCUCAGUUCCUGCAGGCAGCCGAGCGCUAUGGCAUCAACACCACUGACAUCUUCCAGACUGUGGACCUCUGGGAAGGAAAGAACAUGGCCUGUGUGCAGCGGACGCUGAUGAACCUGGGUGGGCUGGCGGUAGCCCGGGACGAUGGGCUUUUCUCUGGGGAUCCCAACUGGUUUCCUAAGAAGUCCAAGGAGAACCCCCGGAACUUCUCAGACGACCAGCUGCAAGAGGGCAAGAACGUCAUCGGUUUGCAGAUGGGCACCAACCGCGGGGCGUCCCAGGCCGGCAUGACCGGUUACGGGAUGCCCCGCCAGAUCCUCUGAUCCCACCCCAGCCCUGUGCCCGCCCGCCCAUGAAUGGUUAAUAUAUAUAUAUAUAUAUAUUUUAG